UUUUUACGAGUUGUAGUACUUAUUUUCUAUAACAAGAGAAUGCCACUCCCAUUUUUCGUGCAAUCUAUUUUAGGGACGUCGGCCCUCUUCUCGUUUUUUUCCCUGUUUUCCUCACAUUGCGCUGACUCGGUGCAAGGUUUUAGUCGUGUUGAAUCAUCUUAUUUGAAAAGCAAGAUCAAGAAGAGUAACGCACGCAAAAAAUCCAAAUUCAAAAAAAUGGGCUCAUCUUCCUCCAGCAAGGCUGUUUCACCAACAUCCUCAAUCCCGAUGAAGAUCUUGACGAACAAGAACACGCAAGCCACGAUGAAAGGUGGGAGUAAAAAGUCUCCGUCUUCCCGCCCAUCGCUCGAUAUCAUGAAUCUCGUUGUUCAGACAGAAGCGAACAAGAAGAAAGCGUCAUCUUCCCAGUCAAAAGGUGCAGCUUCUGCUGCAGCUGUUGCCGGUUCUUCGUCUCUCUCCUCGACGACCGGCGGUCCGUCGAGCGGUAGUUCCUCUAGUUCUUCCUCUUCCUCCUCUUCCAAACGCAGGGGCCAUGGAGUUGUAUCGUCCACUGCGGGAGCGGCCCCCGCUGGAAAUAAGCCCAGAUCCAUCUCGAUUUCCUCCACCUCCAGCAGCGCCAGCAUCUUCGCGAACCAGAUGCCGGCGAAGAUGAAAGUGCAACCACAACAACAGCAGCCGAUGAAGCGCGUGAUGCCGCACCGAAACUGCAAGGUGGAUUACAGUGACGCUAUGCCACAUGCAGCGAAGGCGUAUGAACGGAUGCGGGAGAAACUUGCGGCGCGGGGGGAAAAGCUACCGGCACUGAAGAUGAACAAGAUGAAAGCGAAGAACAGCAGUAGAUCUUCGCGGUCAGGCUCCAUUUCAUCUUCGAGCUCAUCUGCGGCAUCGAUGUCCUCCUCGUCGAAGAAGAUGAAACAGGUCAUCAAGCCUUCCGGCUCUGCGAAGGGCGGUAAAAACGCGAUGAAAAAAGCAACUUCGACUCCUUCCAAAUCUUCGUCCUCAUCAUCCCGGCGGAGCAAGAAAAGCGACGACAAGGUCGACGAGGUGCUCCACAUGACUCUGGAAGUGGGGCCGUUCGAGGUCAUGGUCACGGGGGAGAAAAAAAUCGAAUACAGGGAGUACAAGGACCGGAUGCAUUCGCUCUUCGUGAGCAAGGAGAACCGCGCCGCUGGUGAUUUCAACACCUUCCGGAAAUACAAAGUAGUCCGGUUCAAAAACGGCUACCAGUCCAACGCGGCGGUCAUGGAGGUCGAGUUUAAGGGGAUCCGGAAGAGCAAGGAGGCGGUGGAUCAGCAGUUUUCGAAUGGCUUACAUGUGAAGUUGAAGAAAGGGGUGACCCACUACGAGAUCGACCUCGGGAAGGUGCUGAAGGUGGAGAAUUACGACAAGGAAAAAGCCCGGGCUAUGACGCAGAAGAAGUAUUUCGGCGUGCCGCUGCCACUGAAGUACAGAACUAGCAGCGCCAUGAAGAAAGCUGCAAUGAAGAAAGUGCAGCCGGGGAAGACGCAAAAGAAGUGACGACGAAGCUGAUUCGCCUAUCUCCUGCGUUAUAAGUAUGUGCUCACAGUCACCCCUCAGCCCUUUGCCCUUUGCCCUUCCGCAUGUAACUCGAUAAAGUCCUGCAGCUCAUAAGUUCUAGAAAUCUUUUACAUCACCCUUCCGGUUUUGAUGAAUCUACACGCAUUGUUGUGCUUCUUCUACUGCGCCUUGGUUGAACUACGAGUAAAAAGAUGCUUCGCAACCGCUCAUCUCAUUUCAACAAGCAAGUACUAAAAUAUGCACACACAAAUCCAAAUGCGCGUCGAAAUGUACGAUAAAUUGCAAACGUCGCUGCAGCUGGAGCUGUUAGCGCGAUACCCUUUGAUGUCUUCUAUAAAAGUCUCAUCGGUUUUGUACCGUUCUUUCUUUAGUCGAUGAGCAGACUGUCAUGUGGUGUCAAGAUGUUUGUGCAGGGAUAUCGACCUUAUUUGUACACCAAGUAUGCGUUGCUGUUGCGAAUGUUGAUCAUUUCACUUUCGUGGAAGCAGAAAAGUAAU